CCUAAUACCAACUUGGCCAGCACACCAGUUAGACCUGCAGAACCACAUAGAAAUACUACAAUGAAAAAUGUUGUAACUCAAAGUAGUGAAAGUUGUCAGGUUGCUGUGGGAUCACCACAAAGUCAACCCCUACCCAGGACAACUUCAUCCAAUGUUAAUAAGCUUGAUCAGCCGCUGCGAAGGUCACCAAGAAAACACAAAAGAAACAAGGAGGUUGAUAUGGUCAGACUGGUAAAAGACAGCGAUGUGAUGGUUGAUAGGAACAGCAAACGGAAAGCAGCAUCUGCUGCCAUGAAUAAACCUGGUAGGGAAGGCUAUUUCUAGAGGUCACAUUUUUCAUGGGAUCUUUAUGAAAAUUGGUCAGAAUGUUCAUCUUGAUGAUAUCUAGGUCAAGUUCGUAACUGGGUCAGUGCGGUCAAAAACUAGUGUCUGAUCAACCCAGCCAGAUUUAUGACUGUGUCCUAUAAUGGCAUCUGUAAAAUUAGAGAAAGAGUCUCCGGCAAGUGUUCAAAGGUAAAGGCUACUCACUUUCAAGGAAGCUAUCAGAAAUUUGUUACAGUUAACAAGAUCAUGCCGCACACCUCUAGGUAAAACGAAAAUUUUACAGAACACAAGUGGAGGUAGUAUGACCUUGACCUCAUCUUCGAAGAGAUUGCUCCAGAGUUUGUCAGUGAGGAAGCCAAUCAUUCAACUGCUUGUUUCUGCCACUCAGGGUCACCUGAGUGCUUACAGUGAUGGCGGUCUAUUUCUUGCUUCUUUAGCAUCAGAUCUUGUUCUCAGAUCUGUAGAUUCCAAUCAGAAUGCAAAAAUACUGGCUGAGGUUUAUGAAACAUUUUUGACCUUAUCUCUAGAAUAUUUAAACAGUGAUGUCUGUGCAUUUAAAUAUAAAGCCAUGAUGUCGGAUAUUAAAUUUAUGAAAUCAUUUGUGAAAAGUGUAUUGGGAACAAAGUCAUUGUGCCAAUGGGACAAAUCAAAACUUGAGCAUGUGUCAAAUAUUGUUUUGGAAACUUUCCUUCAGUGUCUCUCUGAUGAUAGUCAGAGCAUGCAUGCAUCUGAUGUCUUUGUGAUGGCAACUUUAGAGCUAGAUAUGUUAGAAAGCAAAAGUAUGUGUGGACUUUUAUUGCCAGCACCGGAACUGUCAAAGUUCAAGGUGAAACCUUUAAUUAAAGCCAAAACAGUUGGUUCAGGCCAAAGUCAGGACUAUAAAAGUGGCCUUAAUAACAGGUUAAAUUCUUUAUCAGGUGAUUUAGAUGAACUAUCUGGUGUAAAAUACGAAGUUAGUCAAGAUAUUUCAGUGGAUACGGAAAUGCUGGAACGGUUAUCGGGUUUUUGUGAUUCCAUAGUCCAGUCUAAUGUUGGACUGGUUCUCUGUCAGAAAGUGAUACAUCCAAAAUUGAAGCUCAUUCUUAGAAAAUCUUGAGUAAUUGUGAUAGAUAGGAUUGGGCUACAGCUGGUGAAAUAUAUAGUUAAAUUAACAGGUUGUGUACCGAUCCAGAGUCUGGCUAAUUCUACAUCAGAGAACUCCUUUGGACAUAUAGAUGAUGUCCAACAUAAAAUUGUAAAUAAAAUGAGCUAUCUACACUUGACAAGGGCAGACAACCCUGUAUCAACACUUAUAUUGUAUCACUGCCAGGAUCAACCCCUGCAAGAGCUUAAGGAUGUAUGUAUUACCAGUCUAGACAGUUUCCAGCAGCUUCUGUAUACCCCUGCAGUACUGGCUGGUGGUGGAUGCUGGCAAGUGGGUUUGUCAAACUAUUUAAGAAAUAAGAUUGAGAAUGAGAAAAGGAAGUUAUCGGAGGUUCUAGAAUGUCCAGCCAGCACUAUACAGCAAGCAUGCAUAUUGUUCAGACAGGCUUUAAUAACAGCAGCUUUGGGAGUUCAUAGCUGUAGUGUAAGCAGACAUAGUGGUCAUGUGUUCAGCAAUGAUGAUGUCAAAGGUGAUGAUGAUAGUGAUGAUAAUGAUGGUGGUGGUGACAGAUACUGCUUGUGUGGUAUCUACAAAGCUAGAAAAGAUGAAGAACUGAUCAGAUUAAGAGAAGAUGAAGACAUGUGUGUGAAAACAGAAGUUGGAAAAUUGCCUGUAGGAGAUGCUAUAGAGAAACAUGAUAGUGUUGUCAUGGAUAGUUUUAGCAUGUGUGUGAAUGCGUUACAGACGUCUGUGUUGACUGCAUGUUCUGUGCUGAAGAUUGGCCAAGUUGUUGAAAAUUUGUGAUGAGAAUAAUUUGUUGUUUUUAUUAGCAAAUUUAUUUGUCUUUCAUCUGCAUAUUAUUUUAUUGAAUAUUGGCUGGGCUGCUGGGAAUAUUUAAUGGUAAUUUAUUUUUAAAGACCUAAGUAGUAACUGCAUUAAAUUGUCUAAUGGUUUUGUCAGUUGAAAGCUUGCAAAAUGCCCACUUUUACAGCUUAAUAGACUUUAACUACUUGUAGAUAAUUCAGGACAUAAUUAGAAUUUUAUAUAUUGAACAAAAUUUGAGAUAUGAAUCGCACUUGAAAUAUAUUUAUUUACAAAAAAUGAAACCUUUAACAUGUUGACAGUUAUAAACAAACCUUGAAAUGUUCAUGCAGAUAAUUAAGUUUACCUCAGGACAUGUAGAAUGCUUGUAUAAUUAGUGUAGUAGAAUUUCAAUUAACCUUUACAUAUGCCUUAAAGGAAAAGUUGUAAUUGUUUAUUUUGUUGAUGAAUAUGCAUGACAUGGGCCAGGUGUUUUCAAUUUGUGAUGAAAUUAUUUGAAAUUGAUAAAUUUGAAAUAGUAAUUUAAAUUCAAUUAAAGGUUUAUUAGAUCCCAAUUUUGUAUUUGAACAUAUAAAUUUCUUAUACUUUAUGUAAACAUAAAAUCAACAUGUGUAUCAACUUUACUAUGCAUAAGGUUUAAUAUAGUACAAAUGUGUACAUGUAUAGCUGAACACAUUAUAAAUGUGUUUUUCCCCCUAAAAAACUGGGAGUCUUUUUAACAAACGACUCUUACUGCAUGACAUUUGUUGAUGAAUGUAGUUAUACAGACACAAUUAAUUUAUAUCCUUAGUAUGAAAAUUAAAUAUAUUUAAUGAGGAUUUUCAAAAUUUAAGGUAAUAUCUGAAGAUAAAAUAUUCAAAUGAAAGAUUGGCAUUGAAUAUCCUUACAUUUUGUUGUUAAGAUCUUCUGAACCAAUGGGUAUGCUUUAAGUUGGCUCGCUGGUUGAAAACAUAUACCAGUAAUAAAAUUAUGUAAAAACUAUGAAUGUUUAAAGAUGUGUUUGUAGUAUUAGUUGUGCAGUAAAAUGGCUACACUACAGAUUUAUCAAUGUGUAGCAAAAGUCCAACAUAAUACAUGUAUUUGUUUUUUUUUUCUAAUCUGAAAAUAUAUUUUUAGAACAACA